CUAUUCGUGCCAGACUUGCUUGUGCUGCCAACUGUGCGAAUUGCUGUUGUAAUAUCCAGUGGAGGCCAGGCUGGAUACUUCUUGCUGUGUUGGGAACCCAUCGGGGAACUUUUAUGGAAUCACCACAGACUUUUACCUGCCCUUUCUUCCAGAUUUCCCAGGCUUUUGCUUCUUCAAAUGCGAUGACUCAGCAGCUACAGGAUGAAUUUGACAGUAGCGUGGAGAAUGCAGAAGCUUGGAUGAAGGCCAUCCAAGAGAGACUGAGGAUCAAUGACAACACCAAAGGACCUCGAUCUGCCCUAGAAGCCAGACUGAGAGAAACUGAGAAAAUACGUGCACUGGAACCAGAAGGCAGCUUGAAAAUGGACUUGAUUCUUGUGAAGGCAGAUGCUGCUCUUCGCAGCAUUGGUGAGGAUAAGAAGCACGAGGUACUAUCUAAACUGAAAGACAUUAAAGCCUUGUGGGAAGAGACAGCCAUAUACAUUACUCAUUGUCACAGCCGUAUUGAGUGGGUCUGGCUGCACUGGAGCGAGUACCUGAAAGCCCAAGAUGAGUUUUACACAUGGAUUCACAACAUGAGGGUGACCUUGGAGCCUGACAUUGAGUUGCAGCUUGGCUUGAAGGAGAAGCAGUGGCAGCUGAGCCAUGCUCAGGUUCUGCUGAAUGAUGUUGUAAAUCAGUCAGUCCUGCUGGAAAGGCUGCUGGAGGAAGCUGCUUCCUUGUUCAGCAGGAUAGGUGACCCCAGUGUUGACGAGGAUGCUCAGAAGAAAAUGAGAGUGGAAUAUGAAGGAAUCAGACAAGAAGCUCAGAACAGAGUGAAACUGCUUGAAACGAUAACCAAGGAACAUGAACAGUACAGUGCCAACGUCAACCAGUUUCAGUCGUGGCUGAAUGGUGUGACAGAAAGAUUAAACUGCUGCAUUGGAGAAGAAACCAAGUCUUCAGCAGAGGACAAGUUAAAGGCACUGAAGGAAAUUGCAAAAGACAUUAGAAGUGGUGGAAAGAAAUGGAAGCACCUUGAAAAUCAGUGUGCAGAGGUGACUGAGAAUACCUCUCCACUCGGAGCUGUGAGAUUGAAGGAUGAACUUGAAAAGCUAAGAAAAGCCUUGGAGAAGUUGAAACUGCUAAGUAGUGAGGAGGAGGAGAGAUUGCUCAAGAUCCAACAGUCAGAAAGUGCCUAUAAGUACCAAGCCAGACAAUUAGAAGCAGACAUCCAGGAGCUGAGAAAAGAUCUACAGAGACUAGAAAAUGACUUAAACCCUGGGGAAGGGGAAAAGACUGAAGAUGAGCUUGUAACUCUGUGGAGAAAAUGCAAUGCUACAAGAGCAGCUCUGGCUGCAGAAGAGUCAAAGGUUGAGAGGCUGAAGGCUCAGCUUAAGGAACUGCUACGGUUUUCCCAAGAUGUGCAGCCACACGCUGAGAGCGUUGUCUCUGCAAUACAGCAGUAUCAAAGUGUAAAAGGCAAGACUUCUAAAAUGAGCACUGAUACAGAGACCCAACUGAGAAGACUCUUCCAAAAUCCCCUGCAAAAUUUUGAACAGUGGAAGCCAUCGGUCCAGAUACUCCUGGAGACUCCAGAGCCAGCACUGGCUCACAUUGAGGCUGCUCUAGCUGAAAGCUCCCAGUUCAAAGAGAAGUUCAUGACAUUACAGCUGAAGAAGGAUUUGCUAAACAAUGUCCUCGGUGAGGAAAAAGCGGAGUCUUUCCUUCAAGAAGUAGCUGAAGCUUCAAAGGAGAGAGAAAUUCUACACAAAAGUCUGCUGCAAAGCAAGAGCAAACUCCAGAAUUUGAUAUUGCAACACAAGAACUUUGAUGCUGGUUUUGCACCCUUGCAGAAGAAAUUAUCUACCAUCAAAGCCAAAUUAGAUCUAGAGAAGGAACCACGGCCUGACCUCUUGGGUAAAAAGACACAGCUCCAGAGACUCCAGAUGAUCCAAGAUGACUUGGCGGAACUUGCGAUUCACAUGGAGGAGGUAGAGAAGCUUGUUCAGUCAAAUACCACACACAGGCAUGAAAUGAACCAACUUUCAUCUGACUCUCAGGCCUUGAAAAGAUCACUGGAGAUGAUGAUACAGCAGAGUGAGGACCACGUUCAGAAGCACUGGGCAUAUAAUGACAAACUGUCGGACCUCCAGCAGUGGAUCACAGUAACCACGGAGAAGAUUGAUUCCUACCAGGAUGCUGAUGGAGAGCAGAACAUCGAGGGCAGGAUAGAAGACCUUGAGAGAUGGCUAGCUGAGUUUCCAGAUAAGGAGAUCCAGCUGCACCUUGUGGAAGCUCAUGGCCAGAUGGUCAUGGAGAAUUCUUCUCCAGAGGAAACUGCCCAUGUCCAGGCAGAGCUGGAUCAGCUGAAGGAGUCAUGGAAAUCACUUAAGGAGAUGGCAACUGGUCUUCUUAAAAAGUGGCAGUUAGAUAGACCAGUGGCUGAUAAGAAGAAAAGAGCACUUGUGGACAGCAGAUGGAUGUCUAGACCUGCCUUCCGUCUUUUAAAUGUAGAUCCCAACCAUAAGCAGGAGAAGAUGGGAGAAAGGCAAAACACAAGCAGCCAAUUGAAGCUCCUACACAACUUUGAAGAGUGGCUACUAGGAGAAAACACUGAACUGACCAAAAUUCUUGCUGGGACUCCAUCUUCUACAGAGGAAAUUAAGGCACACCAGAGCAAACUUGAGGAGCUGCGGUCUCAUGUGCCUGAUGGUCAGCGUCAAUUUGAGGAUCUUCUUCAUCUUCAUUCUGUCAUUGGAAAUUCUGAAGAUCUGGAGGACCUGCGUUACCGAUGGAUGCUCUACAAAUCUAAACUGAAAGAGUCCCUGAGUUUGCCAAUUCCUGGAUCUUGGGAAGAACCAGACAGAUUCAGAAAGAAGCGCUCUGGAGGUGUGUGCUCAUACCUGCAUCGAGUGUGCUGGGCAGCACUACCAUUGCAACUCCUCCUCUUGCUCCUCCUGCUCCUGGCCUUCCUCCUGCCGCUGGCAGAAGAGACCUGCAGCUGCACACUGGCCAACAACUUUGCUCGGUCCUUCAAGCUGAUGCUGAGAUACGAGGGCCCACCCCCAACCUAACUUCUUGGCAUGACACGAGGUGACUGGCAGAAGUACAGGCUCUUUGUUUUUAACAAUUGCGACUAUCGUAGAUUUUAGGGCUUCUAACAGAGCCGUCAUAUCAGCUGGAUAGGUCACAUAGGUGCAACAUUAGUCCAAUUUAAUCAGGUAUUUGAGCAAAAUUAAUAUUUUUACAAUAUUUUAUUAUUAUAUUUAUAAUAUGUAUAUAGGGACUGUGUAUGUGUAUGUAUGUACAUAUAUGUAUAAAUGCAUAUCUGUGGUCAAACUAACACCCAUCAUCCACUCAUCCACUGUUUAAGGACAAUCCUGCGAUAUUUCUGUUUCUGCCAUCUUUCAGCAAGCAAUACUGAAGGAUGGUUUUGUUGUGGGGUUUUAUGGGUGAUUUUUAAUAUUGGAUUCUUGUUGUUUACAACUGAAGUCAGAGCAAGUCUGGGAACAUGUGUGCAUGCAUCACAGCGCAAACUGGAGAGCAGGCACAGUAGAAUCAGGUUUGAAAACAGUGGUUGACAUUCAGCCCAAGAAAGAUUUGGACUAUUCUAUUUGAAAUCUUGAGCUGCUUUUCCAGUAUCUAGAUACACGGAGUUCAGAAGCUAAUGGAAAUGUUGCUACUGACUUCAGUUGGAGUGGGGGUGGACCUCCUCUUGUUUUAAUUUUUUUUCUUUUCCAAUUACUGUGUUCUCUAGCCCACCUGAAUCAGGAGAGGUAGAAUACAGUAGGAAGAAAGCUGAGAAAAAAGAAUAUAUUUUUUUAGCAUCUCUUUAGCAGAAGAACUUUUAAAAUCAGGUCAUCAUUUUCUGAACAAAUUUGUGAGCACUGAACAAAACCUUGUAUCAACCAUCUUGCAUAUAAAAAGCAAUGGGUUUUUUUCUGUUGUUUGUGGGGUUUUGUGGUUUGGUUUGUUGGAGUUUUUUACUUUAUAAAGAGGCAUUUAGUAACAGAUCAUAAAGCCUGAACAGUGGGAUGCAGCCUGGCUCAGUGUCAGCAAAGCAAAAGUCAGAAGUACUUUAAUAAUACCACCCUGGAAACACGAUUCUUUCCUAGGAUGCUUUUAUAUGAAUGGUUUAUUGAAAUGUUGUAAACUGAUUGUAUCAAAGGGAGUCAAGUGUAAAUUUUCAUAUGGUCUAAACUCUAAAAUUAUGACAACUUGUCAUUUAUUUACCUAACCUUAUGCCUGACUUAUCAAAUUUUUGAAUGUACCUUUUAACAUUGCCUUUUAAUGUAAAAGCAAUUCUCACUUUAUUAUGAUGAAUCCAUUCUUAGUGGUGUUUUAAGUAGUUGAUUCCUGAAAGAAAAAGUAAUUUCUAAAAAUGUGUGCCAUUUUUGAGAACUAACCCUUAUUGUCUCAUGUUUUUAGUCACAGUAGUAAUCAUGGGAAAAAAAAAAUUAACAGCCUCCUGGCUAUGUUACAGGGAGAACUUGUCUUCUGAGUAUCAGUAUGGGGUAUUCUGUGUUUUUAACAAGCAAGUUCCAAAAUAAUAUAAAAGCUGUUGUGCAGCUAAAUUAUGUAGUAGCUGAGAGACUGAAGGAGGCAGUCAUUUAUUUAAGAAAACCAUUAAAGUUUUGCUAAAGAAGCAAACUUGGGUAAAACAGGGAGGUGGAGCAGCAAGGAGCUCAUUAUGGGCACAGAAUGAGAGAGAACAGGCAAUGUGAAAGAGGAGCUGCUAAACAUAGAGAAGGAGAGGUGUGCAACAAUUUAUAAAACCUAAGAAAAGGAGUCACAAUGAACACAGAGGACAAAAAUAAAGGUUCUGUGGAGGAAAAAUCUCAGAAUCUUUUUUGGUUCCCUCUCCCUGCUACGGUAUUCAUACUGUUCCAUAUUAAACAGCUUUUCUUCAGUAAGAUUUAAAAUGGGGCAAGUAACGGGGACAUUACCAGUGUUCUGAGGAGACUCUUCCAUGACCAGGACCCUGUCACUGUGUUCCUAAUAAUGCUUCUGACUACACUGGGUUUACUAAUGUUGGAUUAAAAUGCCAAAAUUCUGCUAAAAAUAUAAAGGAGAGUGGAAGUUAAAGGAGAUGGAGAAGGUAAUCAGUCAGAGCACAAGAACAGAAUGAGGAGGAGCUGAGCUGAUGUGGAUUAAACCUGACUGUCAGGAGAUAUCAGAAGAGCUCUCAGAGCAGGCAGAAGGGGACUGGAAGCAGAAAGAUGAGGAGUGUGGAUGUCUACUGAGCAAUGAGACAUUCACAUCUGGAAGUAAAGGAGGGCCUAUGAUUUCUUUCAUGACGGAGCCAGGUGUAGAGGAGCUAUAAUUUGUCAGAGGAUGGGGCAAAUUAAUUCUUUCUUUGCAACUGUUCUCUCUGGUGGCAGAAGACAUACCUCUUCCUCUCCUCUGAUUAUCUGUGCAAGUGCCAUGCACCAUUCCUCUAAAAACUGCUAUCAGCCCUGAGGGAAGAAACCUUGUGGCUGCCCAGCAAGGAGCUAAUCAUGAUACACAUCUCCAUUUCAAAUUAAAUCCUCCAGCAGAAAAGAAGUGUGGGGGAAGAGGGGCAGUAACAAAACCAGCUCUGUGUGGUUGUGGAUACGUGUAGGUGUGCACACACUUUUUUGUGACGUGGCUACAUUGCACUUUUCUGGGUCUUGCUGAGCUGUUGCAGGUGAUGAAAGCAAAAUACCAGUGAGAAAGUAAAAAUAAUGAGGAGUAAUAAAACUGCAAGUGGAAAUCAGUAGGGAGAUAGAAAAGUUUUUUCUAUGAAAGCACAAAAUCUCACGUCAGGUUUCUUUCUGCCCAGCCUUUCUGAUCUGGGUGAUUUGUACAGGUUCACAAACGCAUUUGACACCACAGGAGUGUGCAACUGGGGAGAAAAAUUUCUACACAGAGGAUCAUAAGAGAACAACUGCAUCACCACCUUGAUGUUUCAGUGUUGUGGCAGGUUAAAAAAAAACCACAAAAAACCAAAACUAAAUUAGAAACACACUUUUGCUGCUGGGAUUGCAAUCAAUUUAUUCUGUAGGUCCCCUGUCUGUAAUCUUGGAAUUUUUUGCUUUAAAUCUCAGUCGAUCCAUUCUCAUUAAGUAAUCUAAAUAUCUCACAUAAGUGAUGAAUAUUUCUACUUCUUUACCAUGAAAACUCUCUGAAGCACAGGACUUAAAUGUUCAUGUCACUGAAAACAAUUUAAUUCUUCCAUAAUGUCAUUGACCUUACCUGUCCAAGGCAGGUGUGAGAUUUUUCUAAGAAAGAAGUAAAAAAAAAAAAAAAUCACAAAAAUACGCUUGAAAUGUAAAUGCAAAAUUUAUUUUCUUUUUUAGUCUCUUGUGAUAUUUUUUCUGAAAAGUUUGUCAUACUGAUUCCUGGAAGUGUAUGUAAAUAUUAAUCAAGUCGGUAAUUGGAAUAAUGAAAACAAUCUGCCCAGUCCAGCUUCCAGGAAACUGUACAAAUCUCAGAUUCCUCAAAACACAAUCUAAAUCAUACUGUUUCCAAAUCAGUCCUGAAAAUCUUGAGCACAGUUCUUUAUCUUUGCUCACAGAUGAUUUGGUAGUUAUACUCUCACUUUUGAGCCUAUAAAAUCCCCAGCUCAUACAUCUCUGACAUCCAGAUAUAACUGAGGUGUGUUAUAGCUCAGGUUCAGACUGGGGCCACUGCCUUAAGACAUCCCUUGCCAAAGCCUGGGAUGCACAAAAUAGAUAAGCGUCCAAAACUGAGGACUUGCACUCCUUUACCCUAAUCCAGAUCCAGCCACUGUUAAAGGGUACUAAAAUACUCUAAAAUAUAUCAAAUAUAUUUGUGGUUGUAAAUUGUUUGUGCACCUGGUUCAGGCUGCAUAGCCUGUUCUCCAUGCAGGUACCCAGUCUGUUCACGGAGCAGAGCCCUUACACAUCUCUCCCAGCUCUUUUGCCUGCACUGUUGGAGCCAGUACUUGAUUGACCAUAUUAAUGACCCUUCAGUGUUGAAGGCAAAAUCCUGCACUCCAUUGCCCAUGCAUUACCAUAAGAAUUCUGCAGAGCCCCAAAGGCACACUUCAAACACAACUUUUGGCAAGAAAGCCAGCCUAAUUUGUACAUUGUAAUUGAUUUUGAAGCCAGAUGCUUUCAACAGAAUUUUCCAUGACAGCAAUACAUUGAGGUAGAAAAUUGCUAUUGUGCUACAUGUCUAUUAACAGCCCUUUUUCUAAUUCCAGCUAGCAAUUUAAGUGGUAUUAAAUAUUAUUUAUAUAUACCCUCUUCAGAAAUCUCUGUAUGAAAAACAUGUUCAGUUCUAAGCACACACAUUAUAAAUGUUGUGUUCCUCUGCUAGCACUGAAUCUCCAGAGCAGUCAUGAUUUCUACCAAGUGCUACCUUAUUUGUAGUAAGUGAGAUACUUAGAAAACUCAAACAUUUGAGGCUGCAAAUAAAGCUACUAGCCUAACUAAUAAAAUCGUCUAAUGAUCACUGAAUAAUUUUGAGAGCUUUCAGAAUGGCUUUGCACUUCUCCUUAAUCCCUUUUGUUGGAAGACCUCAGAGAGAAGAAAUGUCUCCAAAAAAUGGCCAUCACUAGAUAGACAGAUGGUAACCUCUGCACAUCAGAAGAAAUAGUAUGUUCUCUUUAGCUGCUCUAGGACCUCAGGAGUUUGCUCCAUCUGAUCUCCUCUUCAAUAUUAAAUAGGGAAUGUUUUACUUUGAUGUGUGUGCAUACACAUCUCAUUAGCACUAAAGAGAUUUGAAGAGUCAGUUCAUGUACAAGAAUUCUUUUAACUUGUGUCGACAAGCGAGUAUAUUUCCUCUUUUGUUCAAAAAAAAAAUGAAAACUGCUGUGUGACAGAGGUUACCAGAGCAAACAAAGCCUUUUGGAAUAACUGAAGAUUACAGACUAAAAUUAAAUUGUCCACCAUAGGAAACUGAAGAAAUAGUUUUGCCUUUCAAGAAAUUCUGGUAUAACACCCCCAAUAAAUAUAUCUUUGCCAGGUAUCAUAUCUGUCUUUCAAGUAAUAGGUUGUGUACCCAGUAUCAUUUGCUAGUCUGCAGCUGAAAACUCGUGUACCCAACCAACUAUAUCAGCUUCUUCCAGAGUUGCUGGGGGCUGUCCAGGAUAUUCUUAGCAGUUCUCAGAUCAUUGGCCUGCUCUGAGCCAUUACAAGUUUAUUGCAUUAGUCGAUCUGUCAAUGUUUGGCAACUCUCAGAAAACAGUUUAUUAAAAUACCAAAGAUAAUAUUUCUGUUACAGACGACACGAUUCAUUCAGAAACCACUCUCAUUACUUUUGCCAUAUUUAAAGAAAGAUAUCUAUUGGUUAUACUGGAAUAUAAACAGUUAAGUUGUAGAUGUUGGGUAACUGUGUGGCAUGUUUUAGACACAAGGCAUUCUGACUUGUACAUAUCUGUUUAAGAAUUGUGGGUUCAUGUUGCAUUUGUUCCAUGGUAAAACAAAAAAACCCAAAGAUUCUUCAAUGUAGCAUUGAAAAAAAAAACCAAAACCAAACAACAAAGCAGGAUGCAAUAAUCUGUCAUACAGUUGAUUUUUUUAUUAUCUCUUGUCUAUCCAAUUUAAAAUACGAUUAUGUGUCUACAAGAGAGUUAUCAGUAGAUCUGGAAACAAAGGAAUAUAUAUCAGGAAUAUACCAACUCAAACAGUAGCCUAACUGGCACCUCUGUUCUCUAAACUGCUUCAGCAACUGCCAGAUUUUACCUCAUUGUACCAUGAGCUAACCACCCUCCUCCUAGUAAAGCAUGGGUAAGAUGAAACUGCUCAGGUUAAUGUACAGCAUCCCAGUGGAAGCAGCAGGAGACAUUAGGUCUUCAAAAGGCAGCCUGAUAUCUUGAUGCAAGAGAGGAACUUGUACAUUUGGCAUAAUGAGAGCGGCCCAGGAAUAAUGACACAGGAACGAGGGCUUGCCAUCCUGCUUUGCCAGACAAAAUUUUGACAGUGGCCGUCAGCACUAUUCAGUUUCAUGUCCUUGACUGCGGAAGGAGGCUCCCCUCAGGGUGAUUCACUCUAGCUGAGAUUUGAGCUCUGGAAGUAGCUUUUUCUUUUCGUUAAAUACAGAAUAAACUGCUAAAUUAAACCCCUCAGUGACAGAUUAAUGGUAGGUAGUGGGCCCUGAUGCUCCAGGAAAAGAUACAGGAAAUGCUGUUAUAGAUAGAAAACAAGUCAUGAUGGUCUCUCUUCAAUCCUUAGGAGAUAGAAAUUCAUUGUAGAGCUGAAGUGGGAGUUUUUCUGUUCCUUUGCAGGUAAAUGUCAGGUGUUGUCUUUAGUCUUCCGAAUUUCGUGGGUGAGCCUGUUCAGUGCCUUGCUGAAUGCUAGUGGUUUUCUGGCUUCAAAGCUGUUUAUAACAGUAAGCUCCACAUUAUUCCUAUGAGUUGUGUGGAAAAGGUAAUCUCUGAAUUGGUUUUGAAUCAAAACCUUUUUGUUUGGGGGGUGGGCAUGGUUUGAUUUUCCUUCUUUGACCCCUUUGUGUUGAAUCUAAGGAAGCAGAAAGACCAGCACUACCCUCUCCAGGCCAUACUUUGUCUUUCCUUCUUUUAUGAGAGCAGAGGAGGCUUGGCUUUUUCUCCUUCCCAAAGUAAAUUAUACCAGUCUUUUAUAGUGUUUUUCCUAUUACAGUUCUUCCACUCCCUAGAUCAUUCCUCUUAUGAUUCUAGAUCAUUUCUCUUAAGUGUUUCCAGUGGCAGUUCUUCCUCAAUACCUAUAGCAAAAAAUCUGAUCUGGUUUCAAUAAAUUUAAUUUCAAUAAAAUUUUCCCCCAUUGCAAUUCGUCCUGCAGAUGCUCUGCCUGUUUCUGCUGCCCCCUGUGUCAAAACAGCCUUCAUCACUAUCUGAGGGGACUCUGGUCCUGGCCAGCCAUCUCUUCCAAGUCUCCUGGCCAUGUCCUGCCUUCAUCUGCCUUCUGUUUUGGCUCAGGAACUGCUCUUAAUAUUCACAUCUGCAGACAGGAGUGUGAGGAUGUUGCUUAACAAACAAUUAAUAAAGAAAGCCUUGCUAUUAGCAUUGUUCAUAACCUUCCCAGACCCUUUUCUCCUCUCUAAGCAGGUUUUGAUGUGUAAUCCAAUUACUGAGUGCAGAAAAUUGCCCCUUAAUCAGUGCAGAGGGCCAGUGUUUCAGUUUCAGCUCUAUUAUCCUCACAUUGUCACUGCCAGCAUUUGUGCUCACAUGUGCUACUGGGCCAGGCUGAGUGCUCCAGGGUCUGUGCCCUUGAGCUGCCAGGAGUGUUUGAAUGUUGUUGUCAUACACCCUAAAUAAGCCAGGACCCUUUUUUUGUGCUGGGGAAAAAAAAGAAAAAAAAUAGAAAACUAAAAUGGGCGCUUUUAACAAACUGAUUUCACAACUCAUUUAUCAAGCCCUGUAGCAGACCAUUUAUUUUAGCUCCUUUUUCCUCCAUCAAAAGCUGUAUGUUAAAAGGCAGAGGUGAAUUUUGAGGGGCUGGGAACUGACAGAUGCAGUGCCACCCACCCUCACCAGUGCUUUGCCAGGAGGCCUUCCACUAGAAUUCAAGGGUAGGAGCUGUUAUUUCUCCUGAGGUGAAUCCCACCUUCAGAAUCAAAUUAUUUCUUUUGUCAGGUCUAGUAAGCAUUGAACACCACAGACUUUGUUUCACUACAGGUAUGAAUGAACGCCUCUGUACAGUACUUUCCAUUGCUAUGAAAUAUAUAUGUAUGUAUGUAUGUAUAGAUGUAUAUAUAUAUGUAAUGGGGAGCAUAAUUAUUGUUCUACCUAAAGAAAGGUGACAUUCUACUUCAAUGUAACUUUUAAGUGCAGCUUUUAAGAGAAACUGUGUCUUAAAGGGAAGCUGAAAAAGUUUAGAGGUAUAUGUUUUAAUGAGCUUUAAUAAGCUCUGAGUUUGGGUUUCAGUCUCUAGGGCAAAAUGCACCCAAGAUGAUUUUCCCAUCACCUUUCCAGAUCACACCCUGUAAGAAUUUAACGUGGGAGGCACUGCUUGAGCACUGGCUGUUCCUGAAGGUAUUUGGAUGUUGCAUGUGCUGUGUGUCUGUCCUCAAGUGUCAGCCUCCAUUUUGUACAUGGGCUUGACUGGGAGGUGAAAGACACACUUUUGUUUUGCUCCAAGACCCUGAUGGUAAUAUUUGCCUCAGCAGAUGUUUUCUCUUUGAUUAGUGUAACUCCUUCCACUUUUUUUAAACUUUUAAUUUGUGUUAAGUAAGUUUAUCAGGUGAUUCCAGGAAGGCACACUCCAUCUGCCCAGCAUCAGAGCUUCCCUUCCAGCAACAUACCUUCUUCUCAUUUGUUUACUUGACUGUACUGGACCACUGUGAAGCAAUUACACAAGCAAUAACACAGGUGUUGCAUUUUUCUGCCAUUGCCUUUUGUAAGACACAACUCUCCACUGACAUUGAAAAGUGGUGGGAGACCCAGAAGCUGCAUUGUUGUUUACUAGCAAUAUAACCAAUGCACAGUGUUCCUACAGAGGGCCUGUCCUCACUCUUUAGAGCAGCUGGCUGUCUCAGGCCCAAUUUAAUUCACAAGGCUGGAUUAUAAACAGUUUUGGAUCUCUUCACCAACACUCCAUCAAUCUUGCUUCCAUCAGUUUUUGUGCUUUUGUUUAGUUUCAAGCUAGAAGAAAGUUUAAAGAAAUGUGCUAAGACUCCCAUAUAGGGUGAGUAAAUAUCCCAUAUGUUUCACAAAAAUUACAACAAAAUUAAGGGAUUUGCUCUCACAUUGAACAGAACUAAUAAGAAGUUCUAACUGAAAUAUUAAAAAGUUAUUAAGAACAGCCUGAAAUUUCUGUAAUCAAAUUGUUCUCUGCUUUUAAUUUAAAAAUCACCAAAUACAAAUGAGGUUCAUUUUGCCACCUUCUUUUAGAAGUAGCCUUUAAUUAAAAUUUGAAUCCUCCCUAACAGGAGGUUUAUUGAUGUGGAUCUAAAUUGCACCAGUCUGUCCCAUGUUAGAUCAUCCGCUUCUGGGCAGAGGGAAAACCAAAGGCUGUUCACAAGAGAAACUCAUGUUGUGAAUGGUUUUAAAAUUCUUCAGAGCUCCUAUCCACUUCCAGAUGUCAGUGAUGGGGAGGAUCAGAAACCUUCCUGUGAACCCUGUCAUUUUGCAUGUUGAAAUCCUGGCUUGAAUUCAGGUCUCCACCUCAGCUUCUUGUAAAUGUUAAUAUUCAAGUAGAACAAAAACCUUAGAGGCAAUUACAGCAUGAACAUCUCUUCUUGUUUAUGUAUAGUAGCUGAUAGCAGAGUCUGCAAUAAUAAUCUGUGUUUAUACAUGUGCUGUUUAAUGUAACAGUUGGGUACAAAAUACCUUUUAACUGUCACAAGAAAAUAACUGGAUUGAUGUCACUUUUUGCUUGUAUGAAUAUAAUUAUUUGCCUUGCAGGGACCAGUUCUACUUUUGUCAUGUUAUUUAUGAUUUUUAAAUACAAUUGUGAUAAAUUAGGCUCAUUUCUAAGAUAAACAAUAUUGGAGCCAAGCAGCUGCCUCUGUACAUGUGCAUGUUAUCACAGCUGAUAUCAAGUCCAAGUCAGACUCCUUGUCUUGCUUGGACCUUUCUUUAACCUUUCUGGCUUAUUCAGGGAAAUGUGGACCAGUCUAUUUUCUUAUUAAAAAUAUGGCUUUGUGAAAAGCUGAACUUAUUUUUUAAAUCCUUUCUUUUCUGAUUCAGAAAGACUGUAACAAUCAUAUUUUUCUAAACUGCCUAUUGUUUGUGUUGGGAAAGGAUAUAUAGAUAUAUAUUUUACUCUACAGAUUUCCAUGUACUGUUGGAACUCUUUUUUUUCAUAUAUAUCUUCCUAUUUGCUAGAAUUAGCUCAAAAAGCUGUAAGCUUGUGUAUACUGACUCUAUGAAGUUCUAUAAAAAUGCAGCUGCAUAAAAAGACUGACUUUAUUUUUUAUGUAAAUUGUUAGAGCUAAGUCAUCCUUAGUGUUAUGCCACGUGAGAUGUAUGGAAAGAAAUCAGGUCAUUGUUUUGAAGGCUGGACAGCGUUACGUGACACUUCCUAAAAAGUCUUGACUGAAAGUCAGGAGAAUUUACGUUAAAAAUUGUACUAUUUUGGGCCCUGAUUCUAUAGUUUUUUCACACUGUUUAGAACCUUAUUUCAAAAUUAGUGCUAUGGAAUUUCAUGGGAAACAUUAAAAAUAAGAGCCUAUGAUGUGUGAAUAGCUGUGAGAGAAAAAAGACCUUUUCUAGUGAAGAACAGGGCCUUUUAACUAGUUAAGAGGUGAUGUUUUGAGUGUUUCAGGACAACUUUUUGUGUUUUUUUCUGAGCUGUGCACUCCUGUUUAUUCUGGAUUUAAUCCAUAGCUGAAAUGCCAGAUUAAAUUGAUUGAAGCCUCAUGUGCAGAUGAACAUAAUAGAAAGCUGUGGUGAAAUAUUGCAGAAAAUGGCCUGAUUUCCUUCUUCAGAGCCAUAGUUAAAGUAACUCACAGCCUUGGCUUCUUUGCACCUGUGAAGCAGAGGCCCUUGCUUUGUACCUCAGCUGUGGUAUAACAUGGAAGGAUUUCUGCUCUCUGCCUGGAAAAUACUGUCUAUUCCUCGUCCUUGUCAAAGUAUAAUAUUUUCUCAAGUAAAAAAUCUGAUUCUUCAAGACUCGUCCAGGAGUUAAGGGGAGGCUGGAACCUUCUGUGAUCUGGCCACACUAUUCCAAAAGUUUAUCCCUCGAUGACAAAUAAAAUAUGAUGUGACUUUGCUGUUUGCAAGUAGGAUAAAGAGACUGAAAAUUCAUCACCCCAAGCCCUAGCCUUGUGACUGUUCUAUGAUGCUCCACUGUUACCAAUGAACUAUGUUGAAUCAGAUUAUAAAAUCAGAGUAUUUUAUUGCAUGUGUCCUUUUUUGAAAUGAAAACAUAGUUGUAUUCGAUGUUGCAGUUAUAAUGCAGUAAAUAAACAUAUGUGCAUUUCUUUUUAA